GCUAACCGCCGCGGCUAGGCUAGGGUAUCCCCCCAUCCUCCUCCUCCUCCGCCUCCGCCUCGCCGUCCCCAUGGCGCUGCCCGCCCUCCUCGCGCGCGCCCUCCUCCUCCUCGCCGCGGCGGCGUCGGCGGCGGGGGGCGGCUGCCGCUCCGGCUGCGACCUCGCGCUCGCCUCCUUCCUCAUCGCCCGGAACCAGAACCUCACCUACAUCGCCCAGCUCUUCAGCAUCGACUACCGCUCGCUGGCGCCCUACAACCCGCAGUACCCCAACCUGGACUUCAUCCCCGCCGACGCCAGCGUCAACGUCUCCUUCCCCUGCGGCUGCCACUCGCUCCCCGGCGCGCCCUCCGCCACCUACCUCGCCGGCUCCUUCCCCUACCUGGUCCGCAGCGGCGAGACCUACGAGAGCAUCGCCGGCCACUUCAGCAACCUCACCACCCCCGGCUGGCUCGCCAGCACCAACUCUUACCCCGCCAACAACAUCCCCGACACCGGCGUCAGGGUGAACGUCACCGUCAACUGCUCCUGCGGGGACCCGGGGAUCUCCACGGCCUACGGGCUCUUCCUCACCUACCCGCUCAGGGACGGCCAGACGCUCGCCUCCGUCGCCGCCAACUACAGCUUCUCCUCGCCGGCGCAGAUGGACCUGCUUAGGCAGUAUAACCCCGGCAUGGCCACCAACACAAGCGGGCUCGUUUUCAUCCCCGUCAAAGAUGCCAAUGGAAGUUACCAUCCUUUAUCAUCACCAGGAAAAGGAGGUUCUGUAGGACCUAUAGUUGGAGGAGUUGUUGGUGGUGUUUCUGCACUGCUACUGGGUAUCUUUUUAUACGUCAUGUUCUAUAGGCGAAGAAAGGCGAAAAAGGCUGCCCUUCUUCCAUCAUCUGAAGAUUCUACCCAACUUGCUGCUACUGCAUCCAUGGAUAAAGUUGCACUGUCAAGCAGUCAAGCUGAUAGUGCCUCAGGAGUGCCAGGAAUUACUGUUGACAAAUCAGUAGAGUUCUCGUAUGAAGAACUUUUCAAUGCCACAGAGGGAUUUAGCAUGAGUAAUAAAAUUGGGCAGGGUGGUUUUGGUGCAGUCUAUUAUGCUGAGCUCAGAGGCGAGAAAGCUGCCAUAAAGAAAAUGGAUAUGCAGGCUACUAAUGAGUUCCUUGCUGAGUUAAAGGUUUUGACACAUGUUCAUCAUCUGAAUCUGGUGCGUUUGAUUGGUUAUUGCACUGAGAGUUCUUUGUUCCUUGUCUAUGAGUAUAUCGAGAAUGGGAACUUAAGCCAGCAUUUGCGUGGAUCUGGUUAUGAGCCUCUGUCUUGGGCUGCCAGGAUUCAAAUUGCCUUAGAUUCAGCAAGAGGUCUUGAGUACAUUCAUGAACAUACUGUCCCAGUAUAUAUACAUCGGGAUAUCAAGUCAGCAAACAUCUUGAUAGACAAAAACUACCGUGCAAAGGUUGCAGAUUUUGGUUUAACAAAACUUACAGAAGUUGGUAAUACAUCACUGCCCACACGUGGAAUUGUUGGUACAUUUGGUUACAUGCCUCCAGAAUAUGCUCGAUAUGGUGAUGUAUCUCCUAAGGUCGAUGUGUAUGCCUUUGGCGUUGUUCUUUAUGAACUUAUUUCGGCCAAAGAAGCUAUUGUCAGAUCAACUGAGUCUGGUAGCGAUUCAAAGGGUUUGGUUUAUCUGUUUGAAGAAGCUCUCAACACAACCAAUCCAAAGGAAGGCCUCCAGAGACUGAUUGAUCCGGCUCUAGGCGAGGAUUACCCCAUGGACUCCAUUCUCAAGUUGACAAUGCUGGCAAGGGCGUGCACGCAGGAAGACCCCAAGUCAAGGCCCACAAUGAGGUCCAUCGUCGUCGCGCUGAUGACGCUGUCAUCCACGAGCGAGUUGUGGGACAUGAAUGCGGUCCAGGAGAACGAAGGCCUGGUGAACCUCAUGUCCGGGAGAUGACUGCCCCUCUUGUAAUAUAUUGUUAGCCUGCCUGCCCCUGGUAACUGUACAUUAGGGUUCAUUUGUGCUGUUGUGCCGGCAAGAAAGGAGGACAGCAUGUUCAGCAGAGCACCACUGUAGGUAUUCACAUGCGAUUUCUUCUGUUGGUCUUAGGGUUUUGUCUCGUGUUGGUUCCUUCCUUCUUGUUCUUCUCGGAGAGCCGUGUGAGUUUUUUUAGAUAAAGGAAUAUUUUAAUAUUCCGUCCUCUACAUCACAUCACAGUAUGAAGUAUCCAGCCGUGUGAGUUACUCGAGUGUAGAACGCCUGAGUUACCUGUAAGGUUUCUGAUUUUACACGGGAAUGCAAAUAAAUGAUCCUCUGUAGAUAGAUAGUCGCUGUUA